AAACUGUCAAAAUGUUUCUCAUUAUCAACCGAUCAGUGCAUAUGCUCUACGGAUUUAAGUCUAAAUAUAAUGAUUGAACAAAAUAGUCAGUCAUUUAGUAAAUUUUGAAUUUUGUGUGUUUAGGCAACAAAAUAAUAAAAUGAUUAUUAAAUUAUUUUCGUUUAUGUGUUUGGCGUAUGUUUUAUUCAUAAGUAAUGAUAAAGUGGAGGCAUAUGAGGAGGCGUCCGGUUAUGUGAGCGUACGUCCGGACGCACACAUGUUUUGGUGGCUAUUUUACGCCAACUCUAGCAAUAACUCGAAUGCAUUGCCGCUCGUUAUAUGGCUUCAGGGAGGUCCGGGUGCGAGUUCUACCGGUUAUGGAAACUUCAAUGAAAUCGGACCGCAAGACUCGGGUUUGAAAGUGAGGAACACUUCAUGGAUUAAAUACGCGAAUUUGCUAUUCAUUGACAAUCCCGUCGGAACCGGAUUUAGUUAUGUCGACAAUAGCAGGGCUUAUACUAAGGAUAAUACAGAGAUCGCCAAAGAUUUGUCCACCCCAUUAUACAUAUUCUGCGAGUCAUACGGCGGUAAAAUGACCGUCGGUUUUGCCAAAGAGUUGCAUCGGGCCAUUCAGGACAAAGAGAUCAAGGCUAAUUUCAAGGGCAUAGCUUUGGGUGACUCCUGGAUCUCACCCAUAGACUCAGUGUCCACGUGGGGACAGUAUCUCUACACUUUGUCAUACAUCGAUAGACACCAGAAGAGUCAAAUCGAUGCCAAAGCCGAAGAGAUCAGAACCUCUCUAAAGAAUGGCGAGUAUGAAGAGGCGACCAAUGAGUGGGGAAGUCUUGAGAUGUUUGUCAGUUCCAUCGACGGCGGCAUCGACUGGUAUAAUGUGCUCUACGGGUCAAAUAAUCAAUUGAGUACCAGAUAUCUGAAUCAAAUGAAGUCAUUUAAUAGCACAUCACUCAGUAGUAAUAUUGUUAAACAUUUGGCUAAAUAUCAUAAUGAUGAUUUGGACGCAUUAAUGAACGGUCCCAUUAAGACCAAACUUAAAAUCCCAGCGAAUGUGACGUGGGGCGGACAGUCCAAUGAUGUGUUUGAACACUUGUCCGCUGAUUUCAUGCGCGAUGUAGUCAAUGAUGUUGACUACCUGUUGGCCAACACAGACCUCAAAGUGGUUGUAUAUACGGGUCAAUUGGAUCUAAUAGUGGACACAUUAGGAACACUCAAUUGGGUUCAUUCACUCCAAUGGCCAGACCUGAAAAACUUUGAAACCGCAAACAGGGAAGAGAUGAGCGGCGGUUACUUUAAAACAUACAAGAAUUUCUCUCUCUAUUGGAUUAUCAAAGCCGGACAUAUGGUGCCCACCGAUGCCGGCAAUACAGCCCUUGCAAUGCUGCACAAAAUCAUUCACGUACGUCCGGACGCACACAUGUUUUGGUGGCUUUUGAACGCAAAUUCUAGCAAUAACUCAAAUGCACUGCCGCUGGUUAUAUAUCUUCUAGGAGGUCCGGGUGCGAGUUCUACUGGUUAUGGAAACUUUGAUGAAAUCGGUCCGUUAGACACGGGUCUGAAAGUAAGAAACACUUCAUGGAUUAAAUACGCGAAUCUGUUAUUCAUUGACAAUCCCGUCGGAACCGGAUUUAGUUAUGUCGACAAUAACAAGGCUUUUGCCAGAAAUAAUACACAGAUCUCCAAAGAUUUGGUCACUUUAAUGAAGGAUUUUUACAAGAAAUCGCCAGAAUUUGAAUCCUCCCCAUUGUAUGUAUUCAGUGAGUCAUACGGCGGUAAAAUGACCGUUGGUUUUGCCAAAGAGUUGCAUCGGGCUAUUCAAAAUAAAGAGAUCAAGGCCAAUUUUAAAGGCAUAGCGCUGGGCGACCCCUGGAUUUCGCCCAUAGACUCGGUAUCAAUGUGGGGACAGUAUCUCUACACUUUGUCAUACAUCGAUAGACACCAAAACAGUCAAAUCGAUGCCAAAGUAGAAGAGAUGAAAACCGCUCUGAAGAAUGGCGAAUAUGAAAAGGCGACCAAACAAUGGGAAAGUCUGGAAAAUUUUAUCGAUUCCAUCGACGGUAAUAUCGACUGGUAUAAUGUACUCUACGGAUCAGAUAAUCAAUCGAGUACACAAUAUCUUAAAAUAAUAAAGUCAUUUAACAACACAUCACUCAAUACUAAUAUUGUUAAACAUUUGGCCAAAUAUCAUAAUGAUAAUGUGGACGCAUUAAUGAACGGUCCCAUCAAGACUAAACUUAAAAUCCCAGCGAAUGUGACCUGGGGCGGACAGGCAGACGCUGUAUUCGAUCAAUUGUCCGGUGAUUUCAUGCGCGAUGUGGUCAGUGAUGUUGACUACUUGUUGGCCAACACAGACCUCAAAGUGGUUGUAUAUACGGGUCAAUUGGAUCUAAUAUGUAACACAUUGGGAACACUUAAGUGGAUUCAUUCCCUCCAAUGGCCAGAACUGAAGAACUGGGAAACAGCAAAGAGGCAACAAAUGAGCGGCGGUUACCCGGACAUAUGGUGCCCACCGAUGCCGGCGAUACAGCCCUCGCAAUGCUUCAGAACAUCAUUGAGUCUUAGAGGUCCGGGUGCGAGUGGCACUGGUUUUGGAAACUUCAAUGAAAUCGGACCGUUAGACUCGGGAGGUCCGGGUGCGAGUGGCACUGGUUUUGGAAACUUCAAUGAAAUCGGACCGUUAGACUCGGGUUUGAAAGUGAGGAACACUUCAUGGAUCAAAUACGCGAAUCUGUUAUUCAUUGACAAUCCCGUGGGAACCGGAUUUAGUUAUGUCGACAGCAGCGCCGCCUAUACUAAGAAUAACGAUGAGAUUGCCAAAGAUUUGGUCACUUUAAUGAAAGAUUUUUAUAAGAAAUCACCAGAAUUUGAGUCAACCCCAUUGUAUAUCUUCUGCGAGUCAUACGGCGGUAAAAUGACCGUCGGUUUUGCCAAAGAGUUGCAUCGGGCCAUUCAGAACAAAGAGAUCAAGGCCAAUUUCAAGGGCAUUGCUUUGGGCGACUCCUGGAUCUCACCCAUAGACUCUGUGUCCACGUGGGGACAGUAUCUCUACACUUUGUCAUACAUCGAUAGACACCAAAAGAGUCAAAUCGAUGCCAAAGCCGAGGAGAUUAGAACCUCUUUGAAGAAUGGCGAGUAUGAAGAGGCGACCAAUCAAUGGGGAAGUCUUGAGAUGUUUGUCGGUUCCCUCGACGGUGGUAUCGACUGGUAUAAUGUACUCUUUGGAUCAAAUAAUCAAUUGAGUACCAGAUAUCUGAAUCAAAUGAAAUCAUUUAACGACACAUCACUUCAGAGUAGUGUUAUUAGACAUUUGGCCAAAUAUCACAAUGAUGAUUUGGACGCAUUAAUGAACGGUCCCAUUAAGACAAAACUUAAAAUCCCAGCGAAUGUCAGAUGGAGUGAACAGUCAUAUACGGUAUUCCAGCACUUGUCCGCUGAUUUCAUGCGCGAUGUGGUCAGUGAUGUUGACUACCUGUUGGCCAACACAGACCUCAAAGUGGUUGUAUAUACGGGUCAAUUGGAUCUAAUAGUGGACACAUUGGGAACACUUAAUUGGGUUCAUUCGCUCAAAUGGCCAGAACUGAAGAACUGGGAAACAGCAAAGAGGCAACAAAUGAGCGGCGGUUACCCGGACAUAUGGUUCCCACCGAUGCUGGAGACACAGCCCUCGCAAUGCUUCACAAAAUCAUUCAUGGAAGCAUAUAAGGAGUCAUACGGUUAUACAACUGUACGUCCGGGCGCUCACAUGUUUUCGUGGCUUUUCUCACCCAAUUCUGGCAAUAAUUCUAAUGCACUUCCGCUCGUUAUAUGGCUUCAGGGAGGUCCGGGUGCGAGUUCUGCCGGUUAUGGAAACUUCAAUGAAAUCGGUCCGUUAGACGCAGAUCUAAAAGUGAGAAACACUUCAUGGAUUAAAUACGCAAAUCUGCUAUUCAUUGACAAUCCCGUGGGUUCGGGAUAUAGUUAUGUCGACAACGCAAGUCUCUACACCAAGACUAACGAUGAGAUCGCCAAAGAUUUAGUAACUUUUAUGAAAGAAUUCUACAAAAAGUCGCCAGAAUUUGAGUCAUACAUCGAUAGAAACCAAAAGAAUCAAAUCGAUGCCAAAGUAGAAGAGAUCAGAACCUCUCUUAAGAAUGCCAAAUACAUUGAGGCAACCACUCAGUGGUCACAAUUGACCCCUUUUAUCAGAUCCCUCGACGGCGGUAUCGACUGGUAUAAUGUACUCUUUGGAUCAAAUUUUCAAUCGAGUUCAAGAUAUCUGAAUCAAAUCAAAUCAUUUGAUAACAUACCACACAAAAGUAGUAUUGUUAGACAUUUGGCCAAAUAUCAUAACAAUAAUUUGGACGCAUUAAUGAACGGACCUCUUAAGACAAAACUUAAAAUCCCAGAGAGUGUCAAAUGGAGUCAAUUGUCGGCCAAUGUUUUUGCCAACUUAUGGGGAGAAUUCAUGCGCGAUAUAGUCAGUGAUGUGGACUACCUGUUGGCCAACACUGAUCUCAAAGUGGUUGUAUAUACGGGUCAAUUGGAUUUAGUGGUCGACACAUUAGGAACACUCAAUUGGGUUCAUUCACUCCAAUGGCCAGACCUGAAGAACUGGGAGACAGCAAAGAGGGAACAGAUGAGCGGCGGUUACGUUAAGACAUACAAAAAUUUCACGUUGUAUUGGAUUCUUAAGGCCGGACAUAUGGUUCCCGCAGACGCCGGCGACACUGGCCUCGAAAUGCUUCGCAAAAUUAUUCAUUUAAUGCCGUGUAAAUGUAUAUGGUACAUGGACGCAUAUAAGGAGUCAUACGGUUAUACAACUGUACGUCCGGGCGCUCACAUGUUUUCAUGGCUUUUUUCACCCAAUACUAGCAAUAACUCCAAUGCAUUUCCGCUGGUUAUAUGGCUUCAGGGAGGUCCGGGUGCGAGUUCUGCCGGGUUUGGAAAUUUUGAAGAAAUCGGACCGUUAGACACGAAUAUGAGAGUGAGAAACACUUCAUGGAUUAAAUACGCGAAUCUGUUAUUCAUUGACAAUCCUGUGGGCGCGGGAUAUAGUUAUGUCGACAACAGUAGUCUCUUAACCAAGAAUAACGAUGAGAUCGCCAAAGAUUUGGUCACUUUUAUGAAAGAAUUCUAUAAGAAAUCGCCAGAAUUUGAGUCGACGCCAUUGUAUAUCUUCUGCGAGUCAUACGGCGGUAAAAUGACACCAACUUUUGCCAAAGAGCUGCAUCGGGCCAUUCAAAACAAAGAGAUCAAGGCCAAUUUCAAGGGCAUUGCGUUGGGCGACGGAUGGGUCUCACCCAUAGACUCGGUGACCACGUGGGGACAGUAUCUUUACACAUUGUCAUACAUCGAUAGACAACAAAAGAGUGAAAUCGAUGCCAAAGCCGAAGAGAUAAGAACUGCUCUAAAGAAUGGCAAAUAUUCAGAGGCGACCGAUAAGUGGUCAGCUUUGGGACAAUUUGUUAUGGCCACAGACGGUGUUACUAUUCAUUCAAACUAC